AUGAUUAAAUGGAACUUAAAGAAACUAGUGGUAUGUGGCAACUAUGUAGCUGUCACUCCUUACCAGAGUUUUGAUGAUUUUUAUAAAGACAAUCGACACGAUUUUGUAAAGUUUGUGUUGACAGGAGAAACACUGACACAUCCACCCCCCUCAAGCAUCCUCUCGUCACAUCCACCUCCACUCCUCUCCCCCCCCCAAGCAUCCUCGUCACAUCCACCUCCACCCCCAAGCAUCCUCCUCGUCACAUCCACCUCCACCCCCAAGCAUCCCUUCCUCGUCACAUCCACCUCCACCCCCCAAGCAUCCUCUCGUCACAUCCACCUCCACCCCCAAGCAUCCUCUCGUCACAUCCACCUCCACCCCCCAAGCAUCCUCUCGUCACAUCCAGCACCUCCACACCCCCAAGCAUCCUCUCGUCACAUCCACCUCCCUCCCCCCAAGCAUCCUCGUCACAUCCACACCUCCACUCCCCCCCAAGCAUCCUUCCUCGUCACAUCCACCUCCACCCCCAAGCAUCCUCUCGUCACAUCCACCCCACCCCUGGGCAUCCUCUCGUCACAUCCACCUCCACCCCCAAGCAUCCUCGUCACAUCCACCUUCACCCCCAAGCAUCCUCUCGUCACAUCCACCUCACCCCCAAGCAUCCUCUCGUCACAUCCACCUUCACCCCCAAGCAUCCUCCUCGUCACAUCCACCUUCACCCCCAAGCAUCCUCUCGUCACAUCCACCUUCACCCCCAAGCAUCCUCUCACAUCCACCUCCACCCCCAAACAGACAGCUCCUCCAUGUCCCCAGCAACAGCACCCCUCUGUGUCCCCAGCAACAGCACCCCUCUUGUCCCCAGCAACAGCACCCUCUGUGUCCCCAGCAACAGCACCCCCUGUUCCCCAGCAACAGCACCCCCUGUGUCCCCAGCAACACUCUACGUCCCGCAGCACCCUUUGUGUCCCCAGCAGCACCCCCUCUGUGUCCCCAGCAACAGCACCCUCUGUGUCCCCAGCAACAGCAGCACCCCUACGUCCCCAGCAACAGCACCGUCCCCAGCAACAGCACCUCUGUGUCCCCAGCAACAGCAGCACCCCUCUACGUCCCCAGCAACAGCACCCUCUGUGUCCCCAGCAACAGCACCCCUCUGUGUCCCCAGCAACAGCAGCACCCUCUGUGUCCUCAGAACAGCACCCUCUGUGUCCCCAGCAACAGCACCCCCAUGUCCCCAGCAACAGCACCCCACUGCCCCCCCCCAGGCUGUGGUACCGUCACACAUCACCCGUUAUCCAUAAAAAAUUAUCCACAGAGAAGAUUAAUGGCUUUAAAGUGUCCUCCACGUGA